CCCGCGGGAUAAUAAACGUACCCGUUUUGCAACUCUCGAAAUCUCGGAGCUUAGAAGCGAGAGUUGAGAGGAAGUGCUUAUCGUCUGCUGUGAUUUUCUCCAUGCUGGAUUAGUGUCUGAACUUUUCGCAUUUUCGAUUCCUACUUGCGAACUUACUACAGACACUCCAAUAGCAACCAUGGUGUACUACUACCACCCUCACACCGGUAGAUUUGAACAGAGCACAAGGUCCUCAGUCCGCGCUUCGACGGUGGGGCCAGUGUCACGAUCGUACGCUGACGAUUAUCUGUACGUCCCACGUACGACCUACCACCAUCACCCGUACGAUACAACUGGCAAUGAGUAUUCAACCCACUCCGAGAUCAAUCGAGAGCUCAUCCUCUCCACCGCUGCCAUGGACGACAAUUAUGACAUCACAGCGCGAUCACGUGCACGUGAUAGGGACGUAAUAGCCGCAGCGAACAGGGCUGUUACUCCCAGUGGAAUCGUAUCAGCACACGUCCCCUACUCACGAGAUACCAGCCAAGGAGCCAGCAGACGCUCAGCCCUCCGGACCUCCCGGAAAGCCCCUCGCUCGCAGAGUGUCCCUGCCCCGCUCACAUCUCCCUCGACCACAUCCGCAAAUCUCAUACCAUACGGACUUACAGCAUCGCCUCCACCGAAACCUUCACCUUACUUAAAUUACGCUAAAUCAUUACAGACAAACCGAGAACUACGUAACCACACAUACGAACCAUUGUAUUCAUCUAGAGUUAGAACCACUAUUUUACCCCUUAGAGCUUUGUCACCAUAUAGAUCAGAAUCACCUUACAGAUCAGAUUCGCCUAUUGAGUCGGAUUCCGUGUAUAGGUCAUCACCAUCACGCUUUGAAUCAAAAUCGCGACUUAGUAAGCGCCGCAAACCACCAAGGGUGUUAGCAUCAAAGAAAAGGGUAGGAAAUUAUUACAACAGAUUGUUGUCAAAGAGAGCUUCUAGCGGCAAAGAGGGUAAAUACUGGCCGUACAUUGAUGUGGAAGACAUAGAUACGGAAAGCAUUGGUGACCUUGUAGAUGACGAUGGUAACACGGGCCAAGUGUCCGAGUAUAACUACGCUUCCCCCGUCCACACACCCUACAGUUACGUCAUUGAAGGUGAGGACGGACGGACGCGGACGUACACAUACGAACCUCUCCCCCUUUCGGACUAUGACAUUGACAUUCCAGACGAAUACGUGCCUUUCAAACCAAAACCCCGGGAAGUGUCCCCAGAAACCGACUAUUCACAAAUGUCUGUGGUGCCGUAUCUUCCCAAACGGGACCCUGCCAAAAAUACUUCCCAGGAUUUUAUAAAUUUUAAUGCGGUCGUGACUCAGUCCGCCUUGAGGGCAAGAAAGGCUUUAGAGAAUGUAAAUUGGGACAAGUAUGACAGUGCCGGUCUGGUCCUUAGUGUUGAAGGCGAAUAUAUUCCUCCCGAACAAAAUGCGGCAUUAGGUUUCCGUUACGUGAGCCGUCCAAUCAUGUUGAAAGUCCCGGCGGCACAACGCGUUAGAGCAUCCGACUCUGACAAUGCUUUCACAAAGUACAUGACUGAUUUACGAAAGUUCAGGGACGAGGUCAGAAACCGGUUGGAAGAAGGUUAUAGCACACUUAACAGGCAUUCCGCCGUGAAAUACGAGGUGCCCCAAAUGUCAUCCUCAUAUACACCCUCAUACACAUCUACAUAUAGACGACCAUAUUUGUCGUCCUCGAGACAAGUUGAUGCAACUAAGGACGUCAGUCCCUUUGAACACAGACUUGAACUGUACCCACUGUCGAGUACCAGAUCAAGUUCACACUCACGAACGAGGGACGCAGACACGAGCGUUCUGAAAUUGUAUGACGCAAAACACGACAAAGACUCAAAGUUGGGCACUCUGGCGAGGGUUGAAAUUAAGGCAGCUCUUCUAGCCAGCAAGGUCGAGUCGCUCAUGCCAGAGCGAAAACGCCGCCCGAAAUCCGUCUACGCCCAAGCUAGACUGCGAGCUCUCGAACGUGAGAGGAGGGGGAGCGGAGAGAAGGAAGUUGUUGCAGGAUUUAUUGAGGACACGUCCAACUUGCACGCCCAUCGACCCGUUCGAGGUUCAACGUAUUAUAAGGCCCACUGGGAUGCUGACGGCAACGUCAAAAAACCAAACAUAAUGUCCAUGGAGAGAAGGCUUGAUGCCCUUAUUUCACCUGACGACCUGCUCAUUCUUCCGCGUUCUCUGGGAGGUGUGAAGGCGCAAUUGCGUGACGUUAAAGACAGAAUGGACCGCCACCGUCAACUCAUGGAUAGAUACCUCGUCACCGACAAAGGUCUUUCCUCCGAUGAUAUGAAGGUUCUUAUGAGCAUCAAGGCGGCCCUAGCCGCACGACAGAGCGAGCCUGCUUCGCAAAAUGAAGCCAAGCAAUCAUCGACGACGGUCAAGAAAUCGAGGCAAUAGUUACCGAAACGCGCAAUUGGGGCAUUAAAUGUUGACAUCGCAAAUGCUAAAUCUGUGUUUGUGUGCGUAUGUGUGGUUAUGCUGAACACUUUUGUUAAAAUACUGGGACGGUGGAUUUAAUGUCGUAGAAGCCUUAAUAAUCUAUUUUAACAUUGUGUAGGGUGUAUGUUUAGUUUAAUGUCACUUACUUGUAAAUUACGAUCAAGAUUAUCAUAUUGAUCACAAAUAAAGGCACUACGACGAUUUCGUGAUAUGUAUUUUAAGACUUGUGUAGUUAUAAAGAUAAUGAUGACGUAUUUUGUAAAUAAUUGAACAGUUCUUAUAACGUCUUAAUAUAAAUUAAUCAGUGUUUUGUUUCUAUUUAUUAUAAUGAUUCCCUUAUAAUGACUUGUGUUGUACAUAUUUUGAAUCAGAUAAUGUGUUAAGACUUACCUUUGAAUACUUUUGAUUUGUAGGAUUUCCACACUUCUUUAUUACAUAUUUCUGACUUAAGCGCAAUAAAUAUUUAUUAACAUUUAUAAACAUGUAGCCGCAUUUCGUUUUUCCUGCCAAAUGUAUUACAACGUAUAAAUUUUUCAGUUAUAUCAUCAUUUAACUUUCGAAUUGUUUAUUUUCUAUAUCAAAAAUACUGAUUUUAUUGUUAGCUUCGUCCAGCGGUUUGUUGCUAGUUGUGGUUUCGUGUCGAUUUAUACAAACUCAAUAAAAUACGAAAUCACCGAAA